CUUGUCACGUGACCUAGGUCUUGUCUCACACCAAGUAUGGAGCCGGAAGAGGGUACGCCCUUGUGGCGGCUGCAGAAGCUGCCGGCGGAGCUGGGCCUGCAGCUUCUCCACAAAAUAAUUGAUGGCAUUUGUGGGCAGAAUUAUCCUCUACACCAGGAUUAUCACAGCAUUUGGGAUUCAACAGAAUGGAUACACGUUCUAGAAGAUACUACCACAUUUUUCAAAACUACAGUGGGUAAAAAUGUAUCUGAUGAAGAGAUAUAUCAGCAGUUGAAUCAGUUGAAUUCAUGUCAUCAAGAAGCUAUCAUGAAAUGCUUAAAAAGUCGAGCAGAUGAAAUCAAACAGGCUCUGUCAGGAGAAAUUGUUGCCAUUUCCUCUGCACAACUUCAGGAUUUUGAUUGGCAGUUAAAGCUUGCGCUUUCUAGUGACAAGAUUGCAACAUUACAAAUGCCACUUUUAAACCUUCAUUUAGAUGUAAAAGAAAAUGGUGAAGUCAAACCAUACUCUGUUGAAAUGAGUAAAGAAGAGCUGCAGAAUCUAAUAAAUUCCUUGGAAGCAGCUAAUAAGGUGGUCCUGCAGUUGAAAUAA